GCUUUCCAUUCACUUAUAAAAUAUAUAUGCUUAUUGCCUUCUUUUCUUUUCUCUCUCAACUUUUUGUUCUAGGGUUUUCUUCUCUUUCAACUCCUCUUGUGUAUUUAGCUCUAAUGGUGAAAUAUUUAUUAAUCCUAUAGGAGAAUCAUCAAGGGACAAAGCUUGAAAAAUUGUCACUAUACCAAGAAGAUCAAGAGUUAAACAGGAUGUCUUCUACUAGCAACUACUCCACUCCUCCAUGUGCUGCUUGCAAAUUUUUGAGAAGAAAGUGCUUGCCAAGUUGUGUUUUUGCACCUUAUUUUCCUCCAGAGGAGCCAAUAAAGUUCACAACCGUUCAUAAAGUAUUUGGGGCCAGUAAUGUGAGCAAGCUUCUGAACGAAAUUCAGCCUCAUCAAAGAGAAGAUGCAGUCAAUUCUCUUGCUUAUGAAGCCGAAGCGCGAUUAAAAGAUCCUGUCUAUGGAUGUGUUGGAGCAAUUUCAGUUCUUCAAAGGCAAGUUCUUCGCCUCCAGAAGGAACUCGAUGCAACCAAUGCUGAUUUAAUGCGAUACGCCAAUAAUAAUAAUAAUAAUAAUAAUUUUCAGUAUGGGAGAAGAAUGGUUAAUUCUGGUUACUAUAAUUAUUCUUCUGCAUGGAACAAUGGUAUUUCUGGAGGUCAUAACAAUAUUGGUACUGAUAAUUGUGAUGGUGGCAGGUGAAGGAAUUGUAUUUGUUGAUUAACUUUGUUUUUCCCAAUUAAGGGAAAUGAAAUUGAACUUGAAUUAGUGUAUAAAUUGAAUAUGGUAUAUUUGGUGGAUUAUUGAGUGUUAUGUGUUGCACGUUAUAUAGAUGAUAUGGGGAGCAUGAAUAAUUAAGGUAGAUUUUUUCGUAUUCUGAACGAACAGUA